UCUGGGCGAGGAGAGCGCUGGGCACCUCCUGCUGCUGCUGCUGCUGCUGCUCUUCCUGCAGUUGGACAGGUGAAGGCAGGACCUCCUUCCUCCCUCUGCUCUCUAGAGAAGGAGCUGCCACCGCCUCCGGCAAGGGGGACGUGCCAGGACGGACGGACGGACGGAGCACCUGCUGAGACUCCAGGCGUCCCAAGAAGGAGAAAGGACAGGUUCUCAAAGUUACCUAUUAGACACCCUGGAAGAGCAGUUUAUCAUUAACCGGGAGGAUCUGCCAGAGGAUAUAAGAAAGGGUGCAGGUGCAGCUGCAGCAGCAGCAACGUAGGAGACCACGACACGGGCAGGAUGGCGGCGACUCCGGGACCAGCCACAACGUGGAACAGCAGCACGUCUGCCCCCUCCUCGGCCAGCUCCAAGAUUGCCAUCGACAACCCGGCUGACAUUGUGGUCAUUGUCAUCUACUUCUUGGUCGUCCUGGCGGUCGGCCUGUGGGCCAUGUGUGUCACAAACCGAGGGACAGUGGGGGGAUUCUUCUUAGCCGGACGGAGCAUGGUCUGGUGGCCGAUCGGGGCGUCUCUGUUUGCCAGCAACAUCGGCAGCGGCCACUUUGUGGGGCUGGCCGGGACGGGGGCGGCCUCAGGGAUCGCCAUGGGGGCCUUCGAAUGGAACGCUCUGUUCAUGGUGGUGAUCCUGGGCUGGAUGUUUGUGCCCAUCUACAUCAAGGCUGGCGUGGUGACCAUGCCGGAGUACCUGAGGAAGCGUUUUGGGGGGAAACGGAUCCAGAUCUACCUCUCCCUGCUCUCCCUCCUCCUCUACAUCUUCACCAAGAUCUCCGCAGACAUCUUUUCUGGCGCCAUCUUUAUCAAGCUCUCCACAGGGCUGGAUAUUUAUGCAGCCAUCAUCAUCCUGCUGGCCAUCACAGCCCUUUACACCAUCACAGGUGGACUUGCUGCGGUCAUCUACACGGACACGCUGCAGACAAUCAUCAUGCUGGUGGGAUCCAUCAUUCUGACCACAUUCGCCUUCCGAGAAGUGGGAGGAUACGACGCCUUCAUGAAGAAAUACAUGGCGGCGAUCCCGAGCGUCAUCAACGAGACCAUCCCCGAGAAUUGCUACCGGCCCCGUCAGGACGCCUUCCAGAUUUUCCGGGACCCCAUCACGGGGGACCUCCCUUGGCCCGGUCUCGUCUUCGGCUUAACCAUCCUGGCUUUGUGGUACUGGUGCACCGAUCAGGUGAUUGUCCAGCGGUGUCUCUCCGGGAAGAACAUGUCCCACAUCAAGGCCGGCUGCAUCUUUUGUGGCUACAUGAAGCUCCUCCCCAUGUUUCUGAUGGUGAUGACGGGCAUGAUCAGCCGGAUCUUGUACACAGAUGACGUGGCCUGCGUGGUGCCCGAGAAGUGCGAAGAAGCCUGUGGGACGGCCGUGGGCUGCUCCAACAUCGCCUACCCCACUCUCGUGGUCAAGCUCAUGCCCAACGGCUUGCGAGGCCUGAUGCUCUCGGUCAUGCUGGCUUCCCUGAUGAGCUCCCUCACCUCCAUCUUCAACAGCGCCAGCACUCUCUUCACGAUGGACAUCUACACCAGCCUGCGUAAGAACGCCAAGGAGAAGGAGCUGAUGAUCGUGGGCAGGUUGUUCAUCUUGGUGUUAAUCGGUGUGAGCAUCGCCUGGGUCCCCGUCGUGCAGUCGGCUCAGAGCGGGCAGCUUUUCGACUACAUCCAGUCCAUCACCAGUUACCUGGGACCCCCCAUUGGCGCUGUCUUUUUCCUGGCCAUUUUCUGCAAGAGGGUCAACGAACACGGGGCCUUCUGGGGCCUGGUCGUCGGGCUGCUGGUCGGUCUCUCGCGCAUGAUCACGGAGUUUGCCUACGGGACAGGCAGCUGCGCCAUACCCAGCAACUGCCCGGCCAUCAUCUGUAAAGUUCACUACCUGUACUUUGCAAUCAUCCUCUUUGUCAUCUCCGUCAUCGUCAUUUUGGCCGUCUCCUUCCUGACCAAGCCCAUUGAUGACAUCCAUCUGUAUCGUCUCUGCUGGACGCUGAGGAACAGCAAGGAGGAGCGCAUCGAUCUGGAUGCCGAAGACAAUGUGCAAACAGAGACCAUCUAUGAAGAUGCGGGGAGGGCUCGAGUGCCAGACAAGGAGCUGAGCUGCCUGCGGAAGAGCUACAACUGGUUCUGCGGUCUGGAGCAGGGGGGGCCCAAACUGAGCAAGGAGGAGGAGGAGGCCAUGCGCCAGAAGCUGAUGGACACCACGGAGGACCCCUUCUGGAGACGGGUGGUCAACGUCAACGGCAUCAUCCUGCUGGCUGUGGCCAUCUUCUGCCAUGGAUUUUUUGCCUAGAGGACGGUGAGAUCUCUCCGGGGUCCCCCCCCCACUCAUGGGUUAUUGUUAUUUUUUUUUCAAAGGAGGGCCUCCCUCCCUCCCUGGAGUUGCACCACAAAACUGUAAAUUUGUAAGUUACGUGCUUGCCAGACCUGUAACUUAUUUGUACCAAUUAAGUCGAUUUAAUCAACAGUUGAAUCUCAAGAGCCAGUUGAAAGGAUUCCCACGGAGGGGCAGGAAGAACCUGUCCCCCCAUCCUUGUUGGCCAUGAGGACCAGCGCCUUGGAGGAGUGGCUUUGCUCAAGGCGAGGUCGGCCCACAUCUCCGAGGGCACAGGACUGGAAGAACGUGGCCCGGCUCGGUGUCCUGGGAACCCUUUUUUUUUUUGGACUCUGUCUUCAUAAUGUGCGGAGUUUUUUUAAAAAAAUGCAGCUUUUCCACAGUGUGAUCUCUUCCCAAAAAUAAUACAAUUGGUAAAAGCAAUGAGCUUCAGCGCAAGUCCCUCCGGUAGAGCCUGGCUUUCAAUCUAUUGUGACUCCCUCUGCUUUUCUUCCCUUGCCACAAGAUCUUUUAAAGGAUUUUUCCCCUCUUCUCCUUCAUGUUGGGCAUUUGCUUCCCUCCCGAGUGUGUUUUGUCCCUCAUCGUCCCCCCCCCCCGCCUUGGCCGUUUGUGGUUUUCUGUCCUAGCAGGUGAAGGACAAAGGGCUUCCGUUGCGCCGGCCAUUCACACCUGCACAGCCUGAGGGGACUUCCCAGGAUUGGAAGGAGGGGCCACAAGAUCCCCUCAAUAUCACAGUCUAUGACUGCCGUCGUGCCAUCUACGCAUUGUUGUACAUUGAAUCUACUGUUUCA